AUGCGCCCCAGGGAUCCCAGACCCCAGGACCCACCCCAGACCCACCCCGCAGUAGGGCCGGGCAAUGCCCAAAAAACCCCCGGCGCCGGCGCCAGCGCCCCCACCCCGACCCCGGCCCCCGAACGACUCCCCCCCAACACCGAAAAGUCAACAUGCCUGCCCUCCCAGGAGACAGGCAAGCCCACCGAACAGGAAUCCCCCCGGCAGCGCACCGCCGGGAUGCGGGGGCCCGAGCAGCCCCAACAGAAACAACACCGGAAGGCCGACACGGACGCACCGACGGCCGCCAAGAGGAGGACGGCCACGCCGGCCACGGCCCGUCCGUCCCCCGCCGCCAAACACCGAGCAACCCUCCACUCCCAAACCGCGCACGAUGCACCGCACCACGCGCCACCGGCACCCGCCCCAACAGAGCGAAGCCACACCCCGACCCGGGGGCGCUCCAAAGGGACCCCCGACGCCCGCAACCAGCCCACAACAGACACACACGAACCCCGGCCACAGGCGCGACCACCCACGCCCCCCCCGGACGACGCAACCACGGCAAGCGCCACGGCCAACCACCGAAACCCGGCACCAGAAGACGGGGCACACCCCGACGCCCCGCAGAGCAGAAGCACCCCGGCCAGCACCACAAAAGAACCGAUGCCCGGCGCCCAGCCCCACCCAGCAGCAAGCACCGCACGCGGCCGCCGCAGGACCCCCCCGCGGCGCCCCAGACCCCGCCCCGACGGGGGCAACAGUCCCCCGGGCCAGACCCGCCAGGCACCCCUCUCCGAGCACCCCCCCGAGCCCCCAGGACCCCCGAACUAG